AUGAAGGGCAAGGAAGAGGUCAUCGCCGAGUUCAACGAGUAUGUCAACAUGACGGCAGAAGAGCUCGAGUCGUGGCUCAAGUCGGACGACUCCAACAGCGCCGGAUGGCCCAAAGACGAUGCCGACGGAGAGGGUGAGACGGUUGGACACGACAGCGGGCGCAAGAUUGUGGAGAUUCUCAGCGCGAACCCGGAGAAGAAGGAGGAUGAGUACACGGAUGAGCAGGUCGAGCACAUGCGCAAGGUUGUGGCGUAUUGGAAAGCUUACACAUGGAACAGCAAGCGUCACCUAGCGCAAGAGACCAAGACGAACAGUGAAAAGUCGCCCGAGGAGGUGAAGAAGACGAAGUCGUAUGCGUCGCUCAAGAACUGGGGCCACGAUUUCCUCAAGGCCCAGGGCAAGGAGGACACCGGCAAGAAGAACGGAAAGUCUUCGGACAGCAAGAAUGGCGAUGAGGAGAAGGCUGAAUCCAAUGGAUCCAAGAAGAAUGGCAAGAAGGAGGAGGCGGAGAACGACGAACAGGCCGAUGAGAGUAAGGAGCAAGAGGAGGUAGCAGAGGACGAGACAGAGGAAAAGACGGGUGACAAGCGAAAGAAGACUGGCGAGGAGAACGGGUCGAAUAAGAAGCGACAGACUCGCCAGGGCGAGGGUGAGACUACCAAAGCGGACGAGGAUGGAGACGAGAACGAAGAGGAGGUGGAUGGCGCUGAAGAGGAUGACGAGGAAAUGGAGGACGGCGGCGAGGAUGGCGGCAAAACCAAGAAAGGCCCCAAGAAGGGCGACACCGUCAGCUGGAACUGGGGGAACGGACAACCCGAAGGAAAGGUGCUUGACGUGAAGGAAGAGAAGACAACUAUUGAGACGAAACGCGGGAACGAGGUAUCGCGCAACGGAGACCCAGACGAUCCAGCCGUGGUGUUGGACACUGGAAAGUCAAAGGCGAUCAAGUCUGCCCACGAGCUUAACUAA